ACUCAUCGUGUCUAAUUGUUUACAAUCUUGUUCGACGAAACAUGGCUGCUGUCAAGUGAGCUGUUGAUGGUGUCCCGAACAGUUACAAUUCUCUUAUAUGUUCUCUUUAAUGAUUCAUUUUAAAUAUUUUAUUUCAUAACAGUGUAUUUUAACGGGGAUAGUUUUCAAUUAGUUUUCGUUUUUACUUUGGAACCGUCACAGAUUCCUUCACCCGCCAGUUAGCAUCACUAAGCUAACUAGCUCAAGGAGAACAAUGACGGCAAGCUCAUCGGGUGGAAACACCUGUCUCACUGCUAAAGGUUUGGACAUUAGUCUCGCAGCCCUGCAAAGACAAGAUCCUUACAUCAACAACAUUGUAGAUGUGGCGAGUCAAGUGGCGUUGUAUACUUUCAACAACCGAUCAAAUGAAUGGGAGAAGACUGACGUGGAGGGGACCCUAUUUGUCUAUACAAGGCUAGCAUCUCCCAGACACGGCUUCACCAUAAUGAACAGGCUGAGUAUGGAGAACCUGACUGAACCCAUCACUAAAGACCUGGACUUCCAGCUGCAGGAUCCGUUCCUGCUCUACAGGAAUGCUCGCUUAGCUAUCUAUGGCAUCUGGUUCUAUGAUAAGGCGGACUGCCAGCGCAUCGCAGAGCUUAUGAAGUAUCUGACGAAACAGGAACAGGCCCUAGCCCAGCGGGGUCAACAGGGUCAGGGGGGCUUGGUGUCUCCUCAAGCCCUGGAGGCAGCAGGGGACCCUGGGAAGGGACAAGGAGUGGACAUCCUGCAGAUGCUGACCAAAGCACGCAAUGAGUAUGACAAGGGUGGCCAACCAGAGCCUAAAGAGAUAGGAGGGUGUAGUGUCCUUAAUACCAACCCCAGCCUGAUCAAACCUAUCCCUGUCAAACCUAUGGAGAGAUAUCCCCAGCCUGGGCUACAGGAGAGGCCUGUUCAGGAUGGUCGAGGAGAGCCCAGGCCUCUCUCUCUGGCCACUCUGUUUGGUGUCCAGCAGCCCAGAGCAGAGCUGGUCUCUCCCAUGGCUGGGUCAGGAGGUCCAGGGUCCCAGCCCCAGGGGAAGCCUGGAGGUGUCCGCCCGGCGGUGGCCCGCUCCUUGUCCUACGACGACCCAGUCCAGGCCCAGCUCCAUCUCCAGGCCCAGGAAGGGGGUCUGUUCUCAGGUAGCAGCCCCCCGCAGCACUGCCCUGCCUUCCAGAAGCUCAUGAAGGAUGCCGCCUCCUCCGCCUCCUCCUCCCAGCCUCAGAAGCAGCUCCAGAGAGGAGGUCCUAUGGAGCAGCUCCAACCCGUCUCCGAGUCACCCGAGAACAGACUGCAUGAGAACGGACCCCUCUGUCCUCCACCAUCAGACCCAGGCCAGACAAGACCCCAUCCAGAGACUGUUCCAGAACCAGCCCACUUCCACCACCCCUUCAAUGACCACCUCUGCUCCCUGUUGUCCUCGUCCUCCUCCUCUCAUCCCUGGUCUCCAGUCUGCCCGUCCUCAGCCUCUCCUGGUGGAUGCUUUGGGCUUCCCUGGUUCUCAACACCAUCACCUCCCUCCUCACCAGGCCCAGUCGUUGUACUUCAGCCCCACCAAGCCCCCCCAGAUGCUGGUCCCCAUGUUGCCCUCACACCCUCCCAGUCUCAACCUCCCCACCAACCCCAGCCUGGUCAUCCUCAGUCACAGCCCUGUCACCCUUUCCACCCCUUCCAGAACCCCCAGCCCUUAUACCUCCAACCCCUGUCAGGUCACCCCCAGCCGGGGCAGCUAACCGGUGUCGUCUCCCCCCAUGAGCUGCUCCAGAGGCUGCAGCUGGUUCAACAGGAGCAGAGUCUGGUCCCGGAGCCCACUAGGCCUUCCUCUAACCUGGCUCCUCGCUUCCACGAGCCAGCCCCUCUAGCCCCCUCAGCCCCCCCAGCCAUGGGGCAGCACGGCCAGCAGUCGGCUCAUUCUACAGCCAGGUCUCUGGACAGUUUGGCUGACAAGAACUCUGCAGGCAACACUGCUCAGAAGUUCCAGGUGAUCUCCCCCCAGCGUAUCCCAGCCACGGUGGCACCUACCCUGCUCCUGUCCCCCAGUGUCUUCUCCCAGGCCAAGCGUCCCCAGGCCAAAGCCUCUGGGGACACCCACUGCCCCCCUGGCCCUCAUCCUCCCUCAGCCCUCCUGGCCCCACAGGCCCCGGACGACCCCCAACCCAGGGGCCUCUCUAAGAGCCAGCUCCAGGCCACCCUGCUGCACCUCAUACAGAACGACAGUUCCUUCCUGGAUACCAUCUAUGAGUCCUACGCUCAACGCUUCUCCACGGACGCCACCGCGAACAAGUUCUGAGGCCAGGGUCCUGGCACCCAAUAGAAACAUGUUUCAGGGUCCUGUUGAAUGAGGCACCCAAUAGAAACAUGUUUCAGGGUCCUGUUGAAUGAGGCACCCAAUAGAAACAUGUUUCAGGGUCCUGUUGAAUGAGGCACCCAAUAGAAACAUGUUUCAGGGUCCUGUUGAAUGAGGCACCCAAUAGAAACAUGUUUCAGGGUCCUGUUGAAUGAGGCACCCAAUAGAAACAUGUUUCAGGGGUCCUGUUGAAUGAGGCACCCAAUAGAAACAUGUUUCAGGGUCCUGUUGAAUGAGGCACCCAAUAGAAACAUGUUUCAGGGUCCUGUUGAAUGAGGCACCCAAUAGAAACAUGUUUCAGGGUCCUGUUGAAUGAGGCACCCAAUAGAAACAUGUUUCAGGGUCCUGUUGAAUGAGGCACCCAAUAGAAACAUGUUUCAGGGUCCUGUUGAAUGAGGCAC